GUGCAUAUAGCGCCAUCUUGUGGUAGGUGUGCAGAACUUCAACAUAUGUUGCUUCAGAUGAUUUCACUUUCAGUUCUGAUCAAAUGAGACCAAAAGUCAAGUCAAACUCGGCAGAUCAACUAACCCCUUACAGGAUCGAGGAUCGAAGGUUUGUCGAUGGAAAACACGGAGGAAACACGAACCUGUGGGCAAUGCAACAAACAGGUCGCAGCUGUCAACUUUGCUCUGCACGAAACGCACUGCAGCCGCUUCUUAUGCAUCUGUCCUGACUGUGAUGAAUCAGUUCCCCGCGAGCAACUGAGCGCACACAAAGAGGAGCAACACACCCAGGUGAGAUGCUCAAAAUGUAACAAGAAGAUGGAACGAUGUCACCUGUUGGAUCAUGAGACUGACGAGUGCAUGGAGCGUCUGCAGAGCUGUCUCUUCUGUGAGCUGGAGAUGCCGUUCAAAGACCUGGACGAGCACUCUCUGGCCUGUGGGAGCCGCACAGAGCUCUGCAGGGAAUGUGGACGCUACAUCACCCUGAGGGAUCAGCCUCAGCACGCUUUGACCUGCUCGGAUACCGACAAUGCCUCCUCAAGUCCUCCUCAAACUAUCAACAAACCACCAAACAACACUAAAAGAACAGUGGACUGUAGAGUGUGUAAGGUGUCAUUUCCAGUUGAGGACGUAGAGGAACACGAGCUGGAGUGUUUCCUGGAAUCAAAACGAGAAGUCACAGAGGCUGAGUCCAAGCAGGGAGAGGGAGAGGAAGAGAAGGAGGGAGAUGGAAACGUCUCAGAGCCAGGGUCCUCUCCUCGGCUCAGCAGCACCUACAGGGCGAAGUCCAGGUCAGAAGGAUCCAGAAAUGGUCCCUGGGGUAACGGAGGCGACCCUGACCAGAUCAGCACCUGCCCUCACUGUCACCUCGCCCUGCCUCUCAUCACACUCCUCUGGCACGAGGCGAAGUGCAGAGUCCAUGUUCACUUUAAAUAAAGAGAGAGGGAGCAACACAGAGUGGAUCAAAGGGAAGGAAGACUUCAAGGCUGACAAACUGUUCUAUUAGUUUUGGACUAUUUAGAUAUAAUUCAUGUUAGAUUAAAGUUUACAUCUUUUUGUAAGCUUAGGGAAGAGCUGGAAGACCUGCAUGAUAUUUAUAUGAAGAGGUCAUUUUCCUCUGACGUCAACUCAAACACUGUUACUUACUCAUGUCUUACUUCUGUGUUUUGAAACUUCUAUAGGGAAGGGAAUUAAUAAAUAUGUAUCAUGUCACAGUUUAGUGAUUGAAAGUUUGAAGGCACUUUGUCAUAUUUCAAGUUAGAACGAUACUUAAACCCCUGUGAGGAAGCUCUGGGGCCUCCUUGUGGACAAAGAGGGAAACAGUCAGUUUGGAAGGCUGCAUUAGUUAGCUGGAUGCUUAACCUUCAAAUGAGGCUUGGAUAGAUCAUUUAAAAGAGCAACAUCAUAGCAGCAGAUGAGGGUGACGUCAGAGGAGAAUGUCUCUGGUGAAUACUCCGAGUGAACUCUCGACGACACUCUUGAUAACUUUGAUGCUCACUUAGUUUGACACAAAUACAACAACUUAGCUGUAGGAUACUUCUUUCCUCUUCUAACAGAGUCAAAAACGUCACAAGUUCAGAAAAUGAAAGUGUUGUUUGUGGUAAUUAAUUUGGUGCUGCUAAAGUUUACAUGAACAAAUAAUGCAUGUGUUGAAAAGUAAUUUCCUGUGACAUGUCGUCUUGUCACUGUGUAUGAAGAAGUUAUUUUCUUUCUAAAGUACAUCUGAAAUUUAAAGAAAGUAACAUAACUUAUCCAAAGUUAUUAAGGUGAAUGUUGUUAGUAUUGUAUUGUUGAUUGAAGAUGCACAGUUCUGUCUUUGUGGAAGGUAGUUUUUGUGUGGUAACAUGUUUUAAUCUGAGGGAUUUUGUGAAACCUGGUCCCUUAAAGGUUACAAAAAGGUUUUGGAAUUACUCCAGCACAUUGUGUCAACCAGCUGCAGAAAAACAAGCUUUAAUAAGUGCAUCCUAAUCUUUCCAUGCAAAUACUUCUGAUCAAAGUACAUCCACAAAAAGUGCCACAGAGAGACUCAGAUUUGUAGUUUUAGUGUUUGAUAAGAUUUAGAACAUUUUGGCAGGACAGUUUUUAUAUUUUUAAACCAGAAACAGGCUUUAUGUCACCCUUCAAAUCCACUCAAUGAACCGGCCACACAAACAAUGAAGUGAUGUUUUUAAUGUUUGCAUUUGCAAAGCUAUAAAUUUGUUACAGUACAUGA